AUGUGGACCGAAGAGUCAAACUUCAAAAUAAAAGGCAACUUUGGCUGUCAUUUCUUCCAGACACACCCCAUCCCUCCAAACUGGCAAUACAAGGAUGCCCGUAAGCUGUUUUUUGAAACCCCAAAAGUCGACGACCCUGUCCUGGUCUGGAGUGAGCCUGAUGAAGAGGGUCUGGUGCAGUUCCUGUGCAAAGAGAGGCCUUUGAAGGAAGAAAGGGUGCGGGGACGCAUGAAGAAGUUUCGUGAGUCUCUCUUAAACAGAAGAAAACAGAGGGAGGUGGAUGAGAAAAUGGGCCAAACUAGACAGUCACGUCUUGAAGAAUUUUUCCCUGCGACACGGAGGAGAAAGGCUGUGUCUGCAGCUGUGGAAGCAUCCAGUGGGAGAAAGCGAUCAAAAAUUAAAUAAGAAGGACCCUUUUGAAUCAUGAAUCUAAAAGUAUUGAUCAAACCAUCAUGUGGACCGAAGAGUCAAACGUAUAAUGGCAUGGAUCUGUUUUAGAUGCUUUAGAUGCAAAAAAAGUUUUUAUUUUGUUCAAAGGCAACAUAAUGUAAAACCAGUGCCAAGAAAAUAUAUAUUUUUAAUGUUUUUUGUAUCAUGUAGCCUACAAAAAAUGUUCG